AUGCUUCAAGCCGUUACCUCUGAUUUUAUGAGAGAAAGCACACUUUGCAAGCAGGAGCAGGAGGAGAUAAAGGAUUGGCAAUUCUCUUUUCUAUCAAGCGAAGCUGAGCUCUUAGCCCCUACAGGGGUACAAGAGUCACGUGACUUGGGUGUGCGGUAUGCGCAUCGUUUUCCCAGUCUCCUCGGCUUGCCCUACACGCCGCAAAGGUACAAAUUCCAACAUACCUACAAACCGAGGACGUUCAAUACCGCUCGUGCUAUAGCCAACGGGAUGUUUAACAGAUCGGAUUUCAACAUGGCGGUUAACCCUGCAUCAUGUGACCCGCUUCUAAGGUUUUACGAUUGUUGCGAUAAAUUCCAAAAGACUGUGAAACAUAAAGCGCUGAAAGAGCAGGCUGCCUUCGGGAGAGGACCGGAAAUGAAGGCUGUAAUCAACAAUGUUUCCAACAGACUUGGACUUCAAGACAGUUUAUCAUUAAACGACGUCUUAGUGCUAGUUGGGCUCUGCAGUUUUGAACACAGUAUCCUCAGCACCAGCCCCUGGUGCGCUGCGUUCUACGCCGAGGAUAUAAAGGUACUGGAGUACUAUCAGGAUCUUAAGUACUACUGGGGAUUCGGCUAUGGACACAGUAUCAACUACGAACAGUCGUGUAACCUGGUCAAAGAUCUCCUCGCAUAUUUAAAAGACAAUUCUUCCACGGUUACCGGUAUGAUCCGUGUGGGACAUGAUAGCUCACUUAUGCCUUUCUGUGCACGUCUUGGCGUCUUUAGAGACCCCACUCCCCUUCUGGCAAACAACAUGGCGGAGCAAAGCAACAGGAAAUGGCGGUCGAGUAUUAUCGCGUCGUUUGGGGCUAACAUAGCUUUUGUGGAAUAUCAGUGUGGAUCCGAGUCUAAAGUACGGGUGUUUCACAAUGAGAAGCCCCUGGCUCUACCCAUGUGCCCAGCGUCUGGUUGUCCACUCUCUAACAUCUUGAAUUCCUAUUUGGAAUCAUUUGCGAACUCGUGUGAUUUCCAGAAAACAUGCGAGUAUGACCCACAUCAUAUUUGUGACGGUCACGUGACCCACAGCGGUACAUGUGUGCCCUCUAUCAUUGGGUGACAGAAACAGUUGUAUGCAUAAUUAA